AUGACUCUCUCCUCGGCUAAACCCGGCUCAAACACCGCCAAAUGCUCCUCUACUCUCACCCUCUGCCUAGGGGUCCCCUACUCCAUUGUCAAGGAGCAGCAUAUCUUUGAGGAAGUUGAUAAUUUUAUACUUUCUAACAAGCUCGUCUUCAGCGAUGGUCUUAUUUCUACGCUAGGGGAACAGCACCGAAAGCAACGCAAAAUGCUCAAUCCGGUGUUUUCCAUCUCUAAUAUGCGGGAGCUUCUGCCCAUUAUUCAAACCAUCUCCCAUCAGCUAAAAUCCAUUCUCGUGUCUAAUCUUGCUACCCACUAUCCAGUAGAACUCGACGUGUUACCUUGGCUCUCUCGCAGUUCUCUGGAUUGCAUCUGUGAGGGCAUGCUGGGCUACCAUUCAGCUGCAUUAGACACAGGAAAUAAGAAUGAAUAUACAGAGGCACUACGGAUGCUAGGCCCAUCCAUCAGUAAAACCAUGUUCUUUCGAUCCAUCGUUCCGGUAGUUAUGUGCAAUUUCUCUCUUUACUGGUGUAAAAAGAUAGCAGACUGGCUCACAAUAAUUGAAAUCAUGGACUCAGGCAGUAGAAACAUUUUUCAAGAGAAGAAGGCUGCGCUGUCGAUACCCUCCCCCAUGUCCUCACAGUCCCAUGACACGUCGGGAGGAACGAGGGGAAAAGAUAUCAUGUCUAUCAUGCUCAAAGCAAAUGCCUCAUCUGCCGAAGGGGAUAGACUGAGUGACAUUGAGCUCCUUGGACAGAUGAACGUAAUGAUUUUUGCUGGUCUCGAGACAAUGACAGCAGCAGUGGCCUGUGCAUUGUACAUGCUCGCUAAGCAUCCUCACGUCCAGCAACAAUUACGAGCAGAGAUCUGUGAUGCCGCGACUGCACACCAGGCCGUUGACAAUGACCAUUCGCACGCCAAAGAUGGCUUCAGGUCCGUCAGACUGUCAUACGAUUCAUUAAUGAAUCUUCCUUUCCUGGGCGCAGUCGUCCGAGAGACGUUAAGGCUCUAUCCGUCACUUCCUGUCCUCGCAACGUCAGUGCCAUUACAGUUCCCCGUUCGAUCUGUAUCUGGCGAAGAGAUCAAUACCAUUUCUGUGGCUAAGCGCCAGGCAUUGGUCAUAUCCAUCCUUAAUGCGAAUCAUAACCAAGCUGUCUGGGGCGAAGAUGCAUCGGAAUGGAAACCUGAGUGA